AAAGGACCAUGCUGGCGAUAGUGGCCCAGAUCAAGCAGCCAGAACGAACUUGUGGCAGCACCUGUUGUGGCAUGGGUUUAUUUUCGGAACCAUGCGGAUAUGUGCAGCAUCGCCAACAGGCCGGCCCUUGAGCCGCCGUCUAUCAUUGCGUCAGUUUAUAACCUGGCGUCAUGGACACCGGAGCUAUAGGAGAAUUCUCCAAGAUCACUUCAAAACACAAACAACCCGACUGCAACCAACUCCUGCCCCUUCCAUUCCCUCCGUGAUUGCCACUAAGCUGUGUAAUCUCUGAGGUUUGCCAUUACUUGCUUAAUUUCACCUCGCAUCGCUCCCUACAACGUUCGUCAUCCUUCCGCUUUCAUCGCCCUCUAGAAACCCCUUCUAUACCUUUCACCCCUUACUCCUCCAACAUGCGUCGCGUUCACAUCGAGCCCCGCCCCAACUCCAGCCGCCUGGUGCAGAGUCAGGGGCUCGUGUUCAACCAAGAUCCUGCCCCCGAGCACCAGCAUGAAGUUUACUGGCCCGACGACCGGUACUAUUCCUUCACCACCGAAGAGAUCAACCUGCUCGAGCGCGCGUCCAGGGACGUGUUCGAAAUGCUGUGCGAGGCGGCCGACUACCUCGUCCAAAACCCCCACAUCAUCACGGGCAAGAUGGCCAUCCCGGCCCACUGCCUCCGCCAGAUCGUCGAGUCCUGGGACAGGGAGCCGGCCUUUGGCAGCGUCUACUCGCGCUUCGACAUCUGCUUCGGCGGCCUGGACCACCCGGACCCGCGGCUGCGCGUGCCAAAGUUCUACGAGUUUAACGCCGACACGCCAACCAGCCUGCUCGAGGGCGCGAGCAUCCAGUGGUACUGGCUCGAGCAGACGGGCCACGGGCCCGACCAGUUCAACGCCAUCGAGGAGUCCCUGGUCGAGGCGUGGCGGCGGAACCUGGCCGAGGCCGAGAAGGCGCUGGGCCACAGGCCAAAGGUGGUCCACUUCGCCUCCAUGGGCGACUGCUCGGGCGAGGACGAGGUCAACACCGAGGUCCUCGCCGCCACGUGCGCCGCGGCCGGCUACGCGGUCAAGAAGAUCUGGUUCGACCUGAUCGCGAUGGGCCCCGACGGCCGCUUUUACGAUAUCGGCGGUGAACACAUUGAUGUCAUAUUCAAGCUUUACCCCUGGGAGAUGAUGGUAACGGGGAAAGCUGGCGAGGCGUGCUUCGCCGACAUGGAAAACGUCGGCAAGAGGGACGAGGCGACGGGCGAGUACGUCGGCGGGACCAUCUGGUUCGAGGCGCCGUACAAGAUGCUCUGGAGCAACAAGGCCGUCUUCGCCAUCCUCUGGGACCUCUUCAAGGACGACCCCAGGGGCCAGUGGCUCCUGCCCACGUACCUCGAGCCCGAGAUGCCGGCGGGCAUGACGCAGUUUGCGCGCAAGCCCAUCUUCGCGCGCGAGGGCGCGGGCGUGACGCUGCGCGGCGGCGCCGACGGGAGCGUCCUGUCCGAGUCGGACGCCGGCGAGUACGGUAAGGAGGGCUACGUGGUCCAGGAGCUGGCGCUGCUGCCGCGCUUCCCCGACGACAGGACCGGCAAGGCCUUCUUCCCGGUCUUGGGCCUGUGGAUGGUCGACGGCGAGCCGGCGGGGAUGGGCAUCCGCGAGGACGUCGACCUCGUCACGGGCAACUGCUCCACCUUUGUGCCGCACGUCAUCGAGGAUGCGGAGGAGGUCAACUAUGAGCGCAAGCCGGUGCCGACGCUCGAGGAGAUCGAGGCGGCGCUGUCGAUCGAGACGUACCAGAACAAGGCGCUGCUGGGGGAUGACAAGGCGCAGGGGGUGUUGCCUUAUAUCGACAGCGUUGUUGCUUCGGUUGCCUAAUAUGUACAUGGUGUUUUUUUACGAUAUCCUUUUGCGUUCUAUGGCUUCCUCUUUAAUCUAGUAUCCUGUCUUUGAACAACAGCAACCGAUUGUCGCAACCUAAUUGUAUGAAACAGUCGAGUGGCACGAAGGUGCUAGACUGUGGGUUGGUCUGGCUGCAUCACCUUAGCAGGUGUACCUGAACCACGGGACGUUGUCGGCAAGUUCCCUC